AUGGAAUCAUCUACGUCUGGCGGAGAAAAAUGCGCUACUUUCUUUAGUGAUCUCGAGGAACAGAUCAAGUCUUUGCGAAAGAGUCUGUCUCAUGUUUCUGCCUCGGGAGACUCACUGAAAUCCUCUUGCGAAGCCAAGUUGACUGAGAUCAAUGCAUUGGUCACUGAGCAGAAAAAGAAAAGCAAGGAAAAGUCAGAGAAAAUACCCAUUGAAAAUGUGGGUAAAGCUCUCCAAGCCUCAAUAAAUGGCAUGAAAAAGUUCAAAACAGGUAGCGGGAAACUGGAAAUUGCUGAAGGCAUUUUGGAGAUAAUAGCAAGUAUGUCAGAGUUAACAGGUGAACCUCAUGGUCCUCCAUUGAAGGCAGUCUGUGUAAUCAUCAGUGCUGUUCUUGCUCAUAAGAGACCGGGGCAAGCGAGUGUGGUGGAUCGACUCGCAAAAGUUGUACACGAGCAACUUGUAAACUUCAACACAAAAUUGCAAGACCAUAAAUACAAUGGUUUGAAACGCCGCCUGUCAGACCAGGUUACACAGUUGUGCACGAUGAGGUCAGGAGAAAGGCUAGACGAUCCCAACUUAUGGAGUGACUUUAUUCAGUUCUUAGGUAAGCUGUCAAACAGAUUUGAAGCACCCUUGCCAUUUCAGUAUGACAAAGGAUCUCUCACAAAAGAUCCUGAUUUGGCAGAUUUUGUGACAGCUGUGGUGACUUACUGUGAGGCUUACAACUGCUUCAUGGCUCUUCUGAUAAUUGCUAAAGGAACAUUUGAAGCCUUGGGGCAGGAUUACAAAGACGAACAAGAUGUUGUGGAUCGAAGAAUCAGCUGUCAGCAGAAUGAUGCUCGAGAAAAACUUACCUUCUUCUCAGAUGCAAGAUAUCUGACAUUUCUUGGAAGGAUGCCCUAUGAAGGAGGAAAACUUACAAAGAUCGUCGCUUUAAGCAGAAAUAUCGAAGGUAAAGGGCUGGUAGAAACAGUCAGAAGAAGCUUAAGCUUGCCGCCAAUGCCUGAUUCAGCAACGGUUGAAUCUGCUGCAGCUAAAGUAGCGGGCCAAUCAGUAAAGUUGCGAUUACAAGGACAUCACGUGCCUCCUGGAUAUGGCUUUUGGUGGAUGAAGGAAUAUGUCUUGGGCCCCCCCUUUUGGGUUCAGUACGUCAAUGAGACAGACUUUCCCAUGAAGAUUGUUUCCCGCGAGAAAGGUGGGAGUGGUAAAUUAAGCUUUACUUACGACGUACAGCCUCAUUCAUCCCGUCCAGUAGGCUUUCAUAAUUGGUCCUUUUGGGGAUCAGGGUUCUACUCUUGCGGGUAUAUUAUUAUUUUUUUGAAUGGAAAUGUAAGCCACGAUUUGAAACCACGGCCAGGAGAUACCAGAGUGAUAGAGUUUGCUUUGUGCCGCAGUUACUUUAUGAGACGUAUGAUUAACAUUCAGGAUAACACUGGCAAAGAGUUUACACAAGGGGAAAACGCUUACAACGCUAUGAAGUCAGGUGAAGCAAAGACUCUCUACUGGUUUGACCGUGGAAUGCACUUCAUGGCAAGAGCAGAUAUUUUGCCAUGGUCAAAGGAAAUUUGGCGAUUCUUGAUUCAGAACUUUGAUCCUCUUUCAAUAUAA